AUGGGAUAUUUGUGGUCUGUGCAUGAUAGAGCCCAAACAGCAAACCAAUUUUUCUACCUUAAGAGUUGGACUAAGAUACAUAGUUGUGGUACUGAUGUUCGUACUUCAAAAAAUCCAAGGCUCAGCUCUGAUUUGGUGUCAAAUGUUGUAUCUAAGCGUGUUAGGGACAGACCACUAACGCGCCUCACUGAUGUGGCAUAUACUUUCAAGGCAGACUAUGGACUUGAUAUCAGCUACCAUGUAUCAUGGUUAGGUGUUGAGAAAGCGAGAGAGGCUAUGCAUGCAUUUGUUGCGUGCAUAAAUGGCUUCAAAUAUUGUCACCCUUUGCUUUUUCUUGAUGGAACAUUUCUAAAAGGGAGAUACAAAGGGCAAUUGCUUGCAGCGACAGUUAAAGACGGAUUGUUUCCAGUAGCCUUUGCAAUUGCGGAUUCGGAGAGUGAAUCAAAUUGGUCAUCGUUUCUAUAUGAACUGUCAAAAGUAAUUGCUGAUGAUAGACACAUGACAUUUGUAUCCGAUCGUAAUCUAGGGCUUUUGGAAGCAAUGCCAAAGGCAUUCCCAUCAAUAUAUCAUGGAUGGUAUUUAAAACACCUAAAGAAUAAUUUUAGGAACAAGUUGAAGGGUAUGGAGAAUGGUUUCAAGGAACACUUAAUCCGGAAGUUGGGUGAUUGUGCAUACGAACCUACUUUGACAGGUUUUCAUGCAUUACUAGAAAAGUUGAAGAGUGACGGGAAACAACGAGCAUAUAACUUCUUGUUAGGGUUAGAACCUGAACAUUGGGCAAAUGCUUACUUUAGGGGACAACGAUAUGGUGAGAUAACAUCCAAUGCUGCUGAAUCAUUCAACAAUUGGAUUAAAGAAGCACGAAAUCUUUCAAUAACAAAAUUGGUUGAUACUGUCCGGAAUCAAAUAAUGUGUCAAAUGUUAGAGCGAAAGGAUAUUGCAAAUAAGUGGAAUUGCAUUAUUUGCCCUACCUUUGAGACUAACCUCCAAGAUUCAUUUAAUUCUAGUAGGUCAUAG